UGGAAAAGAUAUCACUCCAAAACCCCCCAAAACCCUACUCUUGUGUUGUGUAAACCUUACACACAGUACACACUUGGUUUCAUUUUCUUCUUCUCACAUAUACAUACACACACAUAUAUAUAUAUAGAUACAGAUACAGAUACACAGUGUGUGUCUGAGCGAGAGGCUGUAUGUAGAAUUGUAUUAUAAUAAUCAUCAUCAACUAUGAUUAGUUCCAAUUCCCCGCCAUUUACUAAUUAACCUUUUUUUUUGUUUAUAAUUUUCUUAAGUUUUGAGAUGUCGAAGCGGAGUAAUAAGAAGAAUAAUAAAUGUAAUAAUAAUAAUAAGAAAAAUAAAGUAGUGGUUGCCGGGAAGAGAAAACAGGCGGUGAAGAAAUCGAAAUUAGGUUUACGAUUGAUACAGCUGGAAAAUGAUGGUGGAUUGUUGAGUAGUGAUUAUAUUUUGAGCAAAGUUUUUCGGAAAGACGGACCGCCGCUCGGUGUCGAUUUCGACACCGUUCCUUCUCAUGCUUUUCAUUUCUGUAUUCCCAAAGAUUCACAUAUUUCUCAUCGUGCUUGCCAAGAAAAACAACGAGCACUUAAAAGGCAAAAGACUUCCAAGUCUGCCGAUGUUGAAGACCAAUUUAUGCCUUCAGAUAGUGCUUCACCUAAACAUGGUAUGGGAAAAGCUUUAAUGUCAGUAUGGCGACUUUCAAACAGGGAGAGUAAUUUAGUGAAUAAACAUGGUGUUGGAAAAGGUUUAAUGGCAAUUCAGCGAUUAACAAAUCCUGGUGCCACAAACCUUCCAAUAUGUGCCAACAAUGACCUUGGGGCUUGUUCUAAGUUUCCACCUUCUACAUCACGCAAAGCACCUACUCAAGGGAAAAAUAAGUCAAAAAGACAACAACCUGUGAUGAGGAGGAUAGCGAACAAAUUACAGGAGAAGAAGUCUUCAGCGAGAAGCAAAAAGGUGAGAUGUGAACAUGUUCCCAAGGAAAAGCAAAUCCAGAUGGAAAUAUGUGACAUUGCUCUGGUGAGAGGUAGAACUGAAGAAGACCUAUUUCAAUAUUCCAUGCUGGUAGAUGACGAGGAACUGGAACUAAGAGAACUUCAAGAAACUUCAAGUUCAGUGACAUGCUGUGCUUAUUGUGCAGAGAACAGGUUGCAUGGUUGUUCUCUUUGCAAAGAUUUGCUGGCAAAGUUCCCUCCAAACGCUGUCAGAAUGCGGCAACCCUUACAUAUGCAACCGUGGGAAUCAUCUCCACAACUUGUUAAAGAACUCUUCAAGAUAUUUCACUUUAUCAGCACUUAUGCUGUACUAAUUGGCAUCCAGGCCUUCACACUUGAUGAGCUUGCACAAUCCUUUAUUGAUAAGGAUUCCCAAUUGCUUGGGAAACUCAAUAUAGCCCUUCUGAAAUUACUUCUCACUGGUGUUGAGAAGGAACUUGAUAGUGGAUUUCUAUCUCAUAUUAACAAAAACUGGAAGUAUCGUGAAUUGCUUCAGUCAGUAGAACGCGAAGAAUCUGUUCUGAAAUUGUGGAAGAAAUCAUUGAAUUCCUUAACGUGGAUAGAGAUAUUACGUGAGGUGUUGGUUGCAGCUGGUUUUGGUUCCAAACAUGACACUUCACCUAAAGAACCUCCCACCAAGGAAGCUGCUCUGAUGGCUAGUUAUGGCUUAAAACGAGGGACCCUGAAGGGUGAAUUAUUCACCACAUUAUUAAUGCAAGGAAGUAGUGGGAUGAAAAUUUCAGAAUUGGCAACAUGUUCAUCUAUCGUUGAAUUGAAGCUUGCCACUACAGCCAAUAAAGUAGAGGAACUAAUAAGCUCAAUAUUGUCGAGCGAUAUUUCUUUGUUUGAGAAAAUUUCUUUUACUACAUAUCGUCUACGUAGUAGCGCCAUCGUUAAGGAUGCUGAGGAUGAUCAAUCUGAUCUUGAAGAUUGUGGAAGUGUUGAUGAUGAUGCCGGAGAUAUUAACAAUCAUCACAAUAUAGAUGAUUCUGAUGAUGGUUCACGAGUAUCAAUUGCUAGUAAACUUGGAAAAAAGAACCUUUCUAAAAGCAAAGAUAAUACUGUAAACUCUGAAAUUGAUGAGAGCCACCCUGGGGAAAUGUGGUUAUUAGGACUGAUGGAAGGUGAAUAUUCAGAUCUGAAUAUUGAAGAGAAAUUGAAUGCUUUAUCGGCUCUGCUUGAUCUACUGAGAGCUGGUUCGAGUAUCAUAGUGGAGGAACCUGUAUCAUCGUCUAUUCAGUGUGCUCCUAAUGUUUUUCAUAUUGGUUCCGGGGCAAAAAUAAAAAGAUCAACAGCAAAGCAACAAAGGAUGGUCAUGCCACUUGAGAGUGGCUGCAGUCAGAUAAAUGGUGGUGAAUCGGAUACGCUACAACCUAUUGAUUCUUCGGCAGUUAUCUCAGUAAUUCACGAGAAAAGUGGGGACAAGGAUACAACAGAAUCAGAAGUGGAUGAUUUACAUCCCAUGCAAUCAAUAUAUCUGGGAUCUGAUCGUAGGUAUAAUAGAUACUGGAUGUUCUUGGGCCCUUGCAACAUGUGCGAUCCGGGCCAUAAAAGGGUUUACUUCGAAUCGUCUGAAGAUGGCCGAUGGGAGGUGAUUGAAACAGAAGAGGCUUUAGCCAACUUAUUAUCAGCUUUGGACCAAAGGGGAAGACGGGAGUGUCAUCUCCUUUCAUCUUUGGGAAAAUUUGAGGCUCAUCUGCGUAAAGCUAUGUCCAGUUUGGACGAUGAUGUCAGAGUUGGGCGACCAACCGUUUCUGGUGAAUCUGAAAGGAGUAUUUCCAGAGAUGACAGCUCUUCAGCUGUGUCCGACGUAGACAACCUGUUUGGCCUAAGUUCUGUGAAUCAUGAUAAUCUGGCUUCCACUAGUGCUUUAGCUACUUCAAUUGGAAACAGAGAGCAGGCUAAACAGAAAUGGUGUCGCCUUCAACAAUUUGAUGUUUGGUUGUGGAACUCGUUCCGUUCUGCCUUAAAUUCAGUUAAAUAUGGUAAAAGGUCUUUUAUGGAUUCACUUGCUAGGUGUGAAAGGUGUCAUGAUCUAUAUUGGAGAGAUGAGAAACAUUGUCAGAUUUGCCAUACAACAUUUGAGCUUGAUUUUGAUCUAGAAGAAAGAUAUGCGAUUCAUGUUGCCACGUGUAGGGAUGAUUCAGCCCCUGAUGGGUUUCCGAAGCAUAAAAUCUUAUCGUCACAGUUACAGUCACUCAAAGCUGCAGCGUACACUCUUGAGUCAGCUAUGCCGGAGGGUGCAAUGGUGGGUGCAUGGACAAAAUCUGCACAUAACCUUUGGGUCAAGCGUUUAAGACGUACUUCCACAUUGGCGGAGUUGCUACAGGUUCUUGGUGAUUUUGUUGCUGCUAUUAACAAGGGGUGGUCGCAUGAAAGUGAAACAGCUCUUGGUUUUGGUUAUGAUUUGGAUGAUAUCAUUGCAAGCUUUGUGGUGAUGCCCCAAACAUCAUCUGCAGUUGCAUUGUGGUUGGUAAAGUUGGAUAUCUUAGUCGCUCCUUAUUUACAGAAGGUUGACCUUGAAAAGACAACCCAUGUGUCUACAAGAACUAGAUCAAGAGGUAAAGGCAUGCUAGUUCAGUAGAGAUUUAUGUGACAGGUAAGACAAUACUUGAAACGACCACUUGUAGACAUGAAUUAAGGAUGCAAUCGCCAUUCAUAAUCACUGCUUCACCACAAUGUAGAUUUUUUGAUGGGUGAAUAUCAUAAUGUUCUUUGAUUUCCGAGCAGAAGCAUCAAAAUGAUAAUUGUAGGCCUGUAAGGACAACAUCAGCUAUUACUUAAAGCUGCCUAAGGCUGGGGUUCCAUUUUUGUUCAUCACGUGGGAGUUAGUUGAGAUGUGAAAUAAUUCUUGUACAGCUUUAGGUAUGAUACUGCUGCUCAUUCACGAGUCUGACUUUUAGCCAGAAAGUAUCAACAUUUCUUCAUUCCUUAUAGAGAUGUAUGCUGUAGUUCCCUUUAAAUAUCCUUUUGAUGGGAAAUGAAAUAAGAUUCUUGAUAAUACUAUAUAAAAGAAAUGUUAGUAAUCAACGUAGAUAUUGGUUGUAACUCGUGUCUGAAACUAUUGUUUUACAAGUGCUCUGUAUGAUAAUGUUGUAUCAUUGUAAUACUGUGAACUACUUCAAAGUUCAAACCAGUUAUGGAAGACCAAAAUACCAACCAGGAUUUCAUUGCA